GUUUUCUGAGCAGCAUGAGUUCAAAAAGCCAAAUGAUGACCGUGCUCUUCAUCUGAUGACCAAGUGUGCCCAGACAGUGAUGCAAGAAUUGGAGGAUAUUGCUAUUGCUUAUGGACAGAGCGAUGAAUAUAGUUUUGUUUUCAAAAAGAAGAGUAGAUGGUUUAAAAGAAGAGCAAGUAAGUUCAUGACUCAUGUGGUCUCCCAGUUUGCCUCAAGUUACGUUUUCUAUUGGAAGGAUUACUUUAAGGACCAGCAACUUCUGUACCCACCGGGAUUUGAUGGACGAAUUGUGUUGUAUCCCAGUAACCAAAAUUUAAAGGACUACCUCAGCUGGAGACAAGCAGACUGCCAUAUUAAUAAUCUUUAUAAUACAGUGUUUUGGAUGCUUGUACAGCGAAGUGGUUUGACACCAGUGCAAGCACAGGAUAGACUCCAGGGAACUCUGGCUGGAGAUAAGAACGAAAUCUUAUUUUCUGAAUUCAACAUCAACUACAACAAUGAACCUUUGAUGUAUAGAAAAGGAACUGUCCUAAUAUGGCAGAAGACUAAUGAAGUCAGGACUAAGAAAAUAAAACUGCCAAAGGAAGCAGAAGAAAAGGAAGUUGAAGUGACCCGGACUAGGACUAAAGUUGUUCCCCUGCACUGUGACAUUAUUGGGGACCAGUUCUGGGAAGAAUAUCCGGAAAUUCUGGCUGAGGAUAGUUGA